AGUGUCGUUUUUUUCUAUUUUGUUUUUUUUUUUCAUUUAAAUCAAAAUUUCAUACCGGAUAAAACAAAUAGAGCCGAAGAUAAUUUUUCUUGAAUCAAAUUUCCGUCCAAUCUUUGGUCAUUUUUGGAAAACGUGAAAUUUUCUUGUUCCAAACACAUUUCGCAACAAAGCUUUCAACAUUAAUUCCAUCAGGAAAACAGCUGUCCGCAGCGCAAGUCGACUGCGGUAUGUACCAUCCACCAUCUCGAAUAGCUUGGCGCGCAUCAAUUUGCUAAAGAGCCGAAUGCCUUUGCCGAAUACCAGUGAGCGCCAGCAGGAGUAUAUGGCGCAUCGGGUGCGUGUGCAAAAUGCCAAAAGUGUAGUGAACAGUCAGCCGCCGAGUCGGGCGGUAAGCAAACCGCGUCGCGAAAUGUCCUUCACCGAGAUGAUGAACUCCGUGCGCACAGCCAUACAGCGAAGCAGCAAUUCGCGUACCUUUACAAAUAAACCCGCUUCGGUAACGUCAACAGCGACGUCGGUCACCACAUCUACCGUAGCAGCAACUUCCUCGCGUACCUCACCUCCUACGCGUGGCAGCAAAACAUCACGCAUCAAGUCAAGCAACAGCGACGCUUUCGACGGUUAUGAACGGGACAAAUCCGCAAUGCUGCUCUACGACUGCAAGUCUUGUGGUGCUUUCGGCUGCUGUUGCUGCUGUGGUGGUGCCGGCGAUGGCCGACAUUGCAUGUCCUCCUGUGUCGAUAUGCAUCAGAAGUUUUCACAGCAUUCGGGCGGCGAUAUAAGCGCAUCGGAUAGCCUACGGCCCAUGGGCAAUCACAUGCCGAUUUAUCAGCGUUCUAGCUAUUUUAGUGGCAAUACUAGUACGUCCGCUGUUGUACAUAGCACCCAAAGCUCAGAUGCACAGCUUCGAAACUUACAGGAGAAAAUCAAGAAAUCAUCGCAAGCGCCGACAGCCGAACAGCGUGCCAUCUAUCAGCAUGCACGUUUGGCGAUGCCUCUACGAUCUUUCUGGCAUCGCAUCACACGCAAGGAAUGGAACGACGACACGCGUAUACCCCCAAAACCUCGUAGACCUUCUCACGUCCUGCUGAGAAACUCACGCAAACGUUGCGUCCAACGCAAAUCCUGCAGCGAGGGGUCCCAUAGCAGUGAAUUAAUUAAUCACCCUUCGGCGCUCGCUUGUCAGGACGAAUGCAAGAACAGCACUAUACCGUUGCAUGUCUUGAAGCGUUACCAGGACAUAACCGUGACAAACGAUGAAUCAAUGUUACGUCGUUUGUUACGACCGCGCGUCUUUUUCGAUCUCGAAGUGAAAGGUAUACGUCCUUUGGGUCGCAUAGUUAUACAACUUUUUACGGAGGCCUGUCCCGAAGUGGUUCUUGAGUUUGUUCGUAUGUGCACAACCGAGAAGGGCGAACGAAUGAGCUUUACGCGGCUCUUUCCACCAAUGUGGUUGGAAGGCGAGCUGGCAUUAACCGACAAUAAGACACUAACGGCGCACAACAUCGAACAUGACACGAACGUGUUGGAUCACGGCUGCGGUGCAGGUGUGUUGUCAUUCCCAAGUCGUUAUGUGCGUGGCAGUAAACGACGAUUUCUGAGCUUCUCCAUCAGUUUUAAGCCGUUAAAAGUGCUCAACGGCAAGCGUAUCGCCUUUGGGCGCGUGAAACGUGGUUUUUGGAUACUUGAUGCCGUGCAGGAUUAUGGCACGAAUAGUGGGAAGCCACAGCGUGAAAUAAUCGUGACUGGCUGUGGUAUCUGCAAGUGAUAAAGAGAGCCAGAAGAUUGAUGUAUUUCAAUAUGCAUUCGUAAAAAUCAUAAAUUUCAAGAAGUCUUCCUUAUGAAUUUAACUUCAAAUUGGAACAGAAUUUAAUGAAAGACUAAAUUGUAAUUCAAUUUGCAAAUAAGAUUUGUAAACUAAGUAGAUUGUAAAAAAUAUGGCUUUUUUUAAGAGGAAAAUUACCACUAAAAUUAAAUUAAA